AUGACACAACCAAUAGCCCCCGUCGAGCAAACCACUCAACCGCCCACAAAGACAGAGAACACGCCCUUCCCCCGAAUCACAAUCACAUAUUGCACUCAAUGCAAAUGGAUGCUAAGGGCUGCAUAUUUUGCCCAAGAACUCCUCUCAACAUUCGGCACAACCCUAGGCGAAGUCUCGCUCCGCCCAGCCACAGGCGGUCUCUUCACCGUGACCAUUGUGCCGGAUACCAGCACAGAAGAGACCUUACUCUGGGACCGGAAGAGGGAUGGCGGGUUUCCUGAGGUCAAACAGCUCAAAGCCCUAGUGCGGAAUAUCGUGGAUCCAACUAGGAAUCUGGGACAUGUUGAUAGGGCGUUGAAUAAAGAAAAGAAAGAAAAGGAGGAUGUGACGACGGUCGAGGGUAAGGAGCCUGCAAAGCCGGAGAGUGGUGCCGAGCUACAGCAAGUUGCUGAUGCCACUGCUGCUGCUCAGACAAGUGAACAGGUGAAUCCUCCUCGCAAAUCUCAAGAAGUGUGCGAGGACUGUCAAUAA